CGAGGUUGUGGCUGCAGUGGCCCAAGGAAACGUUUAUGUUGAGGGGUUAUACAAUACUGUGACAGGAAUCUUUGUUGGUUACACGACUCUUUUGUUACUUCCUUAUUGUUCCUCACCUUUGGAAGUUCAGUGCUCCUACCUCGUUACCUCUUUACUCCAAAAGCCUUGCCCCUCACUCCGUGACCCGCUUCCUUGUCCCUCUAAGGAUCACUGAAGAAAAUGCUGGAGGAUUGUGCAAAAGGCAAUUGCGACCCUUAUGAGCUGAGCUUCCCAAGCGACGAUGGAGGACAGAAUCCAUAACCUAGAUGGAUUCAUAACCUGCCUAAUCUAAUCUAGACGGAUCCGUAACUUGAACUGGAUGGAUCCAUAACUUAACGAAACCUAACUUGACGGCUUCAACAACCUAACGAAACGAAGCUACCCGCUUCAAUAUACUUCAUCAGAAGGGGGACACGACUACUACGAAAUAGUACUACUCCUACUCUUACUGCUACUGCUCGCACUGCUGUUGCGACUUGCUUCGCACUACCCUUGUUCCCUCUUACAUCGCACCUAAUUAAUUUUUUUCGGAAAUUGGAGCCUUCACCUAUUUCUCUUGUGAAGAGUUAGGUUUUCUUUUCCUGUAUCAAAAGAUCCCUCCCCGUCAAAAGUGGCUCGAUUUCAAUAGAUGUCUUGUAUUGGACACUCGCCUACAUUGAUUGGCUUUUGCCUGUAAAAAGGCGAAGAUUUAGAUCCAGCGACGCUCAAAGCACUAAAUAAGGCAACCGGCUGGCUUUUCCUCUUCUUCUAACCUAGGUUUUUCCCUUCGUGCAAUAGUUGUCUUGUUUUGGACAUUGUCAACUAAUCGUGUAAAUUUUUCCUAUUUCUCGGGAACUCGUUCACAGGUUUUGUAUUGUUCCGCCCUUACCAGAUAUUAAUUCUGAAAAUUCUCGAAAAGAAUGCGCGCCGAUUUGUUCUCUCUUUGGACUCAACGGGGCAAGGAUUCUACCCUCAUCCUUUUUUGAAUAAUACUCGGCAAUUCGUGCAUAAAUAGACUCGGCUCUCUUUUGGUCUAAGUUUGUGAGGAGCUUGCGGAUGCAAAGGCGAAAUUCGAGAAAGCGGUUGAAAACGUCCAAAAAGCUGCAAAGGUUAUGGCCACUCAUGACUUCUUUCAUGUUAUCAAGAUUAUCAUCGAACCGCCUUGAGCUACAGCUGCUGCGUGGUUCGAGUGAUGACUUCUGAAACUUGCCAUUGGAUAGUCACAGGGGCGUAGUCGUACACUCACGCACUUCGUCGUUGUCAGUUUUGUGAUCUGAUUAUAGCGAUGUUUCUGGAUAGUCCUUCGGAUGUAGUUUCUGGGACCUCUUCGCAAAGAUAGAAACCGGGACCACGAAAAAUGGAUACCCUGUUACUACUUGGUGGGCCCCAUCAAGUAGUAGGUCAGGAAAGGGUUCACAUGCAUAGGGAUGCCCAUGCUUACUGAAUUUGCUUCGGCGAUGAUCGGAAGGCUGUGCCUUUUCCUGUUGAAAUAAUCGCUAUCUUCUAGUCACUCCACCCAUACUUUUGCCAGAGAAGGACGACGCACUGGGGCUGAGGGCCAUGACGCUUUGGCUCUAAUUAUAUCGAGCAAAAGAUCGUGGAGAAAACUGGACUACUUCUGGAAACCAUGAAUGACCCU